AUGACGGUUUCAUACACCCUCAAAGUGGCCGAAGCCCGCUUCGGAGGCUUCUCUGGUCUGCUUCUCCGAUGGAGGGGAAGCAUCUACAAGCUCCUCUACAAGGAGUUCCUACUCUUUGUGGCCCUGUAUGCUGUGCUCAGCAUCACCUACCGGCUGCUGCUGACCCAGGAGCAGAGGCAAGUGUAUGCUCAGGUGGCCCGGUACUGCAACCGCUCUGCGGACCUCAUCCCCUUGUCCUUUGUACUGGGUUUCUAUGUGACUCUGGUGGUGAACCGCUGGUGGUCCCAGUACACAAGCAUCCCGCUGCCGGACCAGCUGAUGUGCGUCAUCUCGGCCAGCGUUCAUGGCGUGGACCAACAGGGACGCCUGCUGCGCCGCACCCUCAUCCGCUACGCCAACCUGGCGUCCGUGCUGGUGCUGCGUUCGGUCAGCACCCGCGUGCUCAAGCGCUUCCCCACCAUGGAGCACGUGGUGGACGCAGGUUUCAUGUCCCAGGAAGAGAGAAAAAAGUUUGAAAGCCUGAAAUCCGACUUCAACAAGUACUGGGUCCCCUGUGUCUGGUUCACCAACCUGGCGGCCCAGGCUCGGAGGGAUGGGCGAAUCCGUGACGACAUUGCUCUCUGUCUACUUCUGGAAGAGCUGAACAAGUACCGAGCCAAGUGCAGCAUGCUGUUCCAUUACGACUGGAUCAGCAUCCCCCUCGUCUACACCCAAGUGGUGACCAUAGCCGUAUACUCCUUCUUUGCCCUGUCCCUGGUUGGCCGCCAGUUUGUGGAGCCAGAGGCAGGGGCUGCCAAACCUCAGGAGCCUCUGGAGCCAGGCCAGGAGGCAGCCCCGGCCCUGGGAGACCUGGACAUGUAUGUGCCGCUCACCACUCUACUGCAGUUCUUCUUCUAUGCUGGCUGGCUCAAGGUGGCCGAACAGAUCAUCAACCCCUUUGGUGAGGAUGACGAUGACUUUGAGACCAACCAGCUCAUAGACCGCAACUUGCAGGUGUCCCUGCUAUCCGUGGAUGACAUGUACCAGAACCUGCCCCCCGCCGAGAAGGACCCGUACUGGGACGAGGACCAGCCACAGCCACCCUACACCGUGGCCACGGCGGCCGAGUCGCUGCGGCCCUCCUUCCUGGGCUCCACCUUCAACUUGCGCAUGAGCGACGACCCAGAGCAGAGCCUGCAGGUGGAAGCGUCGUCCCCCGGAUCGGCUCGGCCGGCGCCCACCCCGCUGCUCGGCCGUUUCCUGGGCGCAGGGGCGCCCUCGCCCGCCAUCAGCCUCCGGAACUUCGGCCGCGCGCGAGCAUUGGGACUUUGGUGUGCCAAGUCCUUUUCCACUCCCACCAACUACACAGUGGAGAAAGGACAGUUUAAGGGAGGAUGCUCUCAUCCUUCUCCAUGA